AUGAGCGUCGACUUAGGGAUGAACUCAGAGUCUGCACGAGUGCUCAGCUUGCUCGAGGAGAUCAAGGAGACACAGAACGAGAUUCUGGAAAAGAUGGCUGUACCAAACGAAGCGUUCAAUAUGGAAUUGGAGCGCUUGAACAGCCUUGUGAGUUUUUAG